CAAUAUCUCACUCGAUCGAUUAUUGUUCAUUAGUCAUUACUCUCUCCCUUAGCUUUCUAGAAGAUGGGUGCACUUGAUUACCUCUCCAACUUUUGCACUGUAACCAGCACUAGGACCAAGCACAAACCAAUGCAGACAGUUGAGAUAAAAGUGAGAAUGGACUGCGACGGUUGCGAAAGAAGAGUGAGAAAUGCAGUGAGUUCAUUAAAAGGAGUGAAGUGUGUGGAGGUGAACCGAAAGCAGAGCAGGGUGAUGGUAAGUGGUUAUGUGGAUCCAAACAAGGUGUUAAAGAGGGUGAGGAGCACGGGGAAAGUGAGAGCUCAGUUUUGGCCAUAUGUUGAACAGCAUCUGGUGUACUACCCAUAUGCCCCCGGAGCCUAUGAUCGAAGAGCACCCUCCGGUUAUGUUAGAAACGUCGUGCAAGCUUUUCCUGCUUCAUCCAAUGCUCCUGCAGAAGACAACAUUCUCUCCUUUUUCAGUGACGACAACGUAAAUGCAUGUUCCAUCAUGUAAUUAAUCAUGCAAUAUACUCUUCUCUUGUCGAUCAUUCGACAUGGUUUUCAAACAAACGCUCAAAGUGCAAUAAUAUAUAUAUAUGCAUGCA